AUGGUUACCAACAACGCAUGCCCAGCAAUCCCGCUCCACACUCCCGAACUUCAGUGGACUCUCACAAUCGUAUUGGUUAUCAACAACAAGCAGCCACUGACUCCAGUCUUCGCUCUCCUCACUUAUGAAGAUGAUGAAUAUCGACAUACAUGUGAUUUCACCCCUGGGCACAAUCAGAGUCGCUACCACGAAAUUGAUGAUGAUCAUCGCGGUGGCGCCCGUGAGGCAUCUAAUCCACCUCCAUUAGACCGCCAGCAUACCAGUCACAAUGGGGAUGGCCACUGUCUUCCCGAUCACUACAAUGCAGGCCCAGCACGCAGUCACCAUGCCUUAGAAGACCCUUGCAAUCUCGCAAAGCGGUCUUACAACGAAGAGGAUGUGGGACAUCCUGUCAUGGGUACUUCUUAUCCUGAGCCACCUCCGAAGAAGCAUAAGAUAUCACAGCUUGAUGACAGUGCUAUCUGCAAGGUUGCUCCCUUGCCAGCACGGCAAAUCCCAUCUGGUGGUCACCCGACCUCUCCAAACAAUGGCAGGCCAGGCUCUUCGAAGGAUUUGUCCAGGGGUUAUCCUCCAGAUGGAAGGCAUUAG